AUGAUUCAAACAAGCAUUAGCAGCAUUAGCAGCUUCGUGCGCAAAGCGCGUUCCAAAGAUGGCGAGUCAGCGCACGAAGCCUUAGCGCGUCGGAUGUCGAAGCUGGCCGCCAGUCAAACGCUCUACAGCGUCCUGGGUGUAAACCGACAUGCCGACAACACUCAGAUUCGGCAAGCUUACCGUCACCUGGCGCUCGCCACACAUCCUGACAAGGGUGGGAGUGCCGGUGAGUUCCUCAAAGUGGUGGAGGCCUUCGAGGUCUUGUCCGAUGCAGAGAAGCGUGCAAGCUACGACGAAGAUCUGCAGAGAACGGGAAGUCAGGACGGACGCGGUAUUCAGGCAGCAGCUGAUAGGAGGCAGGACACGCGGGCAGAAGCGGAAGCCGCGCAGGCUCAAGCAGAUGCUUUCGGGCUGCCGGACCUGGGUAAGACCGAUCCGGACCAGAAGCCUUGUGAAGGCUGGGGCACCACAGAGGAGACAAAGCGAGCAAAGGCCCUCUGGCUGGAACUUCUAGACGAAUCGGCAAAAAGGAGAAAUGAGAGAGUCUUGGAGCUGUCGUGCCGGGCGGCAGAAGUCCUGUUGGCCUACGCGCGCUCCAAUGCCUGCCUUGGAGGUGCUCCGAUGGUGGGACUGGACAGUGGUGCGAUUGCGGCAUCCACAGAGGCCGUCGACGAUGUCCGUGCGAAAGGCAUGGUAGUUACAGAAGACGAGGGCUGUGGCACCUCCCUGCUCGCAAUGCCUGGAGCGACCCAGGACAAGGGCCACGAUCAACUCGAGCACGGCGCAGAGCAGCUUGAGCACCCUGCGAAGCGAAGGCGCACAGGUGCGGAAGCAGCGAUCCCAGGCAGCGGUGGCUCCCGAGCUUGGAUAUGCCUAGGGAGGCUGAAGAUUUGCACUGGGGCCUCUGGAGAUGUCGCAGAAGCAAUCAACUGGCACAUUCUGCUCAUCAGAGUUAAGCAGCUGUUCAACGAGCUCACUGCUCGCGGUGAGCCCUUUGCAUUUGCAGUUCGUCGAGCGAUAGCUGCUGCUCUAGCCGAGAGGGAUGCUGAAGGUGGUGGGACGGACCCCCGGUUGCGAUUCAUCACUGAGUGCUCCAUAGGGAGCGAUGAGGUACUGUUUACUCCAGUGACGUGGGACUUGGGAACUGCACUGCGGCAGAACGAGGAACUCUCCAUCCUUCUUGCUGUUUCUGCCUCACGUGCGCAGCUUCUGUCGGCCAUCCAAAGAAUGACUGUGGCCUCAAAGGCAGCCGAGGAGGAGCAGCGUGCCCUGGUCGACCGACUGGAGCAGCACCUACGCCACUUCCAGCGGCAGCUGCGCUGGCGCGGCGGCACGCGCCCGCGGGGUGUCAACGCGAACAUCUGCCGCGUGGUGGGGCCCAGCUACCUCGCAGACCGAGGUCAGCCGGAAAAAGAGAGCAAGCAGCAAGCGUUUGCGUAUGCAGAGCUUUGGCACCAACGUCAAGGUGCAUCAGAGCCCGAACAGCUGGAACCUCUUUGCCGUGGGCCGCGCCGGCGCCGCGCAGAGGAGGCCUUGAAAGACCUUCGGGCGUUGCAGGUGGCACAGUCGGCCGGCGGCAAUGCAGCCGCAAAGGCAGAAGCCCGCAAGCUUUUCGAGGACGCCAUGCGUGCCUCGUUGUCACCGCAGCCACAGGCUGCUAUGGGCUUCAGUGAUGGUUUGGGUCUUCUGGGAGCUCUCCUGGCCUUCUCUUUCAAGCAGCGCAGGAGCGGCCCCUGCGGGCACGAGCACAUCCUGGAUUUGCCAGGGUGCGUUCUGCAUCCUGCUGGUAGCCGGCAGCUCAAAGUCGAUGUUGCUGAUGCUCGCGGAUGUGCGCGGUGGCAGUUGUGGUUCCCAGGCUUCCGUACGAUCAGCCGGGGUGAUGGAGACACGGCGGAGCAAGUUCUCACUGGUUCUCGGCCUUGCUGCCAAGCCUUUGGACCUUGUCUCGAGCAUUCCCUCGAGGUCUGGCUCUCUUUGAUCUACCUGGGCUUGGAGCAAGCAGGACAGCCUGGGGCUAGCAACAGAAUGAACCUAUUUCCGGACGUAGCAGUAUCCUGCCCGACUCCAACAUACUCCAACGCCAACGAGGAGGCAUACGUGGAUCGCUGGCACCCGUACUGGGUUCUCUUGGUUUCGGAUGAUUUUGGUAUUUUCUGCGCGACAAUGGACGAAAUCCUGGGCAAAGCAGAUUUUGCCGGGCAUAGCUUGGCUCGUGCAGCUUUGCAGUUCUACAGGUCACCCGCGGACGAGUUCGUCGCCUCGUCGGUUGCUGGCGAGUUAGCUCUCGCACUGAUUUUUGCCUUUUUCGGCACACUCGCUUGGAGUUUCCUCGUGACCAGCUUGGCCAGCUUACGCAGGGCGCGGUUCGCCGAGUCCCAUGCGGAAGCCUCAACAGCAGUGUUGGCCGCGAUGUGCGACGGUUACCUGGUGCUUUCGUCUGAUCUUCAGGUCUUGCAGUCGUAUGACGAGCGGCUGCAAGGCAAGUUCUUCAUCGAGGCUCUCCUUUCUGACGCAGAUCAGCAUGGCUUGCAAAAGGAGCUGCACCGGGCGAGAGCCAAUCACGAGGCAGUCACCGUGUCUGCACGGCUCGCCCCACUCUUCCGGCAGCAAGGGCCUGCACAGCUGUGUUGCUCCUGGUUCCCCAGCGUUGGCGGUGAGUGCCUGUGCUUGAUGGCCAUCCGUUUCGGUGACGCGUGCAGCCGCCUUGGUGAACUACCAGACAGCGGAGAUCCAGAGGACCAAGAACCUGACGUGCAUGAGCUCACUGUGGGCACGGCCUAUCCCUUCGCCGUGCAUCGGACGAGUGCUGGACUCGAGGAUAUUCUUGGAGAGGCGCUUCUAGGAGAAGGCUUUGCUUUGCGCUUAUCCGAGAAGUCGGAGCAGCAAGGGCUGCAGCAAUGGUUCGAGUCGAACUCGGCCGCCUCGCCAAGCCGCGGCCAACGCGUCUUUGGGCCUGUCCGACUGCGGACGCGUGCAACCUCCUGGGAUGUUACCCGUGAAGGCGGCAAUCACACAGUGACGGUCGUGCUCACCUGGUGUACCGGAGAGGUGGAAUGCUCGGAAUGCCUCGCACAACUGAAGAUCUUCGUGUUGAGUCAGGCCGUCGUUUGCCAGGACGACGCACGUUGGCGGAGACAGGGGUCCUCAAAGGGCUCGGCCUGGGUUGGAGCCGGCGAUGGCGCCAAGACAUGUGCUCGUGUUGCUGAUUCUCGGCAACGACAACUGGGGCUGAGCUAG